AGAAGGAGGAAGGAAGCCGGAGGCCUGGCGCAUAAUUGCAGAUCCUCUACUAAUCCUUGGCUGGUGCUCGGACAGAUGCAGGCCUGCCAGCAGAAAGCAGGAUAUCUCAUCCUGACCCUUCUACUCCUUUGGCAGCCCAGGAGAGCCUUCCAGACACAGAGCAUUCAAGAGCAGCCCCUGGAUCCCGCCCUCGCCCCUGGCCCAGGACGUCUUCCUCCUUCCAGGGAAGAGAAGUCCACGACUGACCUGGUGGCCAAAAUGUUACUCCUGAACGAGCUGGUGUCCCUGGAGAACGACGUCUUUGAGACCAAGAAGAAGAGGAGCUUCAGCGGGUUUGGCUCACCACUUGACAGACUUUCCAAGGGCCUGAAGACCAAGCAGAGGAAAGUCGUGCAGCUGCCCAAGAAGCGGUUUGGGCUCCCUCUAGACCGGAUCGGAGUGAAUCGCCCGAGGAGCUCCAGAGGGUAGGAGAAGCCGAGUUCCGGGUGGAACCCGCCUCCUGGGGGUCUCCCAGGCCUGGAGAAAGAGCUACGGUGACCCUCCCCACUCACCGUCCUCCCCCUCCCCAGCCCAUCCCUUCUGACCACUUCGCAAUGAAGGGACGCUUUUGUUAAAACUGCUCCUGUGUCGUUCUCCACCUAGGAUUUCUGGCUGAUUUCGUGCACUGGGUCACACUGGUGUUCACUGACUCUCUGGCCUCUUGACAAACAGGCACAGAAAGGCUGUGUGUGUUUGUGUGUGUGUGUGCACAUACUGUGUAUAAGAACCGCAUUGCAUGCCCUUAAAACAAAAUAAAAAGGACGGC